AAAUUUCUGCCAAUCUUGCUGGCUCUGUUUAGCUAUGAACCUAAGGCGCGUACAGGCAGGGAGUCGCGGCUGUAAAUAUGUAACUUUAACCUAGUGGGUUUAAGUACAUUUAUUUUAUAAGGUUUUAAUAUCACGUAGCUGCGGUCGAGGAGCAGUGUGGAGUACGGUUUCAGGCAGACGUAUUUGGGGAAUGUAGUUAACUUGAAGCGAGGAUGUAGCUAACCACUCCUGCUUUAGUUGCUAGCUAGCUAGCAGGGCAGUUUAGCUAACUAACGUUAACUAAAAAAAGUCAUUUCAGCCAGCCGUUUGCUUGUUAGCUUGGUUAGCUAGUUAUAUCAGUAAUUAGUUGUAAAUGUAGCCAGUUAUCUGUUAGUUUCAGCUGAAGGUAAUAUUUCAAAACAAGCUGGUGAUGGUUCUUUUAAGGGAAGGUUUAUGUCCAGGACUGAGUGAGGACAUGGUGAAAGCUCUACAGGGAGAAUGUAUUAGAACAGUGGAAGACCUUGUCUCCUCUGACGCAGAAGAACUGGCUCAGAAAUGCUCGGUGUCUUAUAAGGCUUUGGUGGCUCUUAAACGGGUACUUCUGGCUCAGCACACUGCGUUCCCCAUCUCAGGAGCAGACCUGUACGAGGAAUUACUGAGCUCCACUUCUAUUCUCUCUACAGGAAUUCCCAGUGUGGACAAGCUGCUUGAUUCUGGCCUGUACUCAGGAGAAAUCACAGAGCUGGCUGGAGGUCCAGGAACAGGGAAAACACAGAUGUGUUUUAGUGUGGCUGUCAACACAGCACAUGAGCUCAAGCAGAAUGUGCUGUACAUUGAUACAAGUGGAGGAGUGUGUGCAGGCCGGUUGCUUCAGAUGCUUCAAGCCAAAACCUCAAGUACUGCAGAACAGAUGAAAGCUCUUCAGAGAAUCAGGGUAUUCAGAGUAUUUGAUGUUUUCACCUUACUGUGCUGUCUUCAGAAUUUAAGAUCCAAUGAUCUCCAGAAGGGAUCAGUUGGAGGAGGUUCAGUCAAAGCAGUGAUUGUGGAUUCGGUCUCUGCUGUGAUUUCCUGUGUGCUUGGAGGGAAACAGACUGAAGGUAUGUCUCUGAUGAUGCAGGUUGCUUUCGAGCUAAAGAUGAUUGCCAAAGACUUUAAUAUAGCAGUUCUGGUGACCAACCAUGUAACACGGGAUGGAAACGGUAAGCUAAAGUCUGGGCUGGGGCAGUCAUGGAGUCACGUUCCACGCACACGCAUCCUCCUGCAGAGAGUAGAGCAGCCUGGAGCAGCAUCCAGCUUACGCACAGCUACCCUGACCAAAUCCUCACGCCAGUCCUGUAAUCUGAUGGAAGAAUUUAACUUGAGUCUUCAGUCUGAAGAGGAGGUGAAGCCUGGGUGUUCAGGCAAGAGGAAAUUCAACACGGAUUCAUAAGUUAUACAAGAGUACCUGAAUCUGAGGGGAAAAUAAAAUCAAGAGUUUAAUGAGCAGUUUCCUUGCUUAUAUAAAAAAGCUAGAUCUUUUUUUUUUUUUUUGUAUUAAGUAUGAAAGAUUUUCUCUUUGAAGAUUUGUUAUUUAAAAGUUUAUUAUGGCUUUUGUUAAAAGGUGUGCAAAACAGUAAGAAUGUCAAUUUUAAGCUGUCAAACGUUGCAGUUACCAUGAUUAAACUAAGCAUAUUAUCACUGAUGUACUUUUCAAACCACUUUUUUUUAAGAUAGAAAAUAAGCAACAUUCCAGAGCUGUAACUUACUGUUUCUUUUUCCUUUUUUUUCCCCCAGUAGAAAAAUUUAAUUCCAACAACCUAAUCAGUGUAUGUAUAAAAUACAGAAAACACCAUCACUUCAGGUUGAAUUAUACAUCUGCUUUAAGCCAAUGAGGUGUCUGUGCAAGAAGUUGUGCACAUUUGUAGUUGAGUGUUUGUGUGUUAAUAACUGGGCUGGUGAGCGUCUGGCUAUGCUGUAGGGUAGAUUUGUUGCAGAUGCAUAAAUUGGCCUUUAGAAUGCAAAAGGAAAAAAACAAAAACAAAAA